CAUGGAGAAGGCGAACCCGGAAGUGCUGCCGCCGCCCGCUCGGUGCUAGGAGCCGCCGGCCCGGCGAGGUCGAGCCGCGCGCCCGCCGCCCUGCAGCCCGCAGUCCGCCGCCCCGCUGUCCUCUCGCGCCGAGGCAGCCGGGGCUCCCCUCCCCAGGUCUCACUCCACUCCCGCCCGCCCCCCACACCCCGCCCCGGGCGAUCGGCCCCCGCCCCUACGCCCGCCCGAGAGGAGGAGCCGAGGCGCGGGGGAGGAGGAGGGAGAGGUUUGCUAGAGGGAGCGAGGCCGCGCGAGCCGGCGGCGGUUCGUAUUACCGGGGUCGGCAGGAGGAUCCCGGCUGCGCCCGCGCGGACUAGCGCAGGGCGAGCGGGAGGCACGGAGGAGGCGGGAGGGGGGCGGCCCGGUUGCGAGGAGGCCGGCGGGAGGCCAGGGGCUGAGAAUUAGGGCGUGGGGGCGCACUCCUUUCCUCCGCCGCCCUCCGCCGGGGCCUUGGCGGCCGGGCCUGCGGUGCCCGGCAGGCCCGGGAGCCGCCCGCCGGUGCCGAGGGCCCGUCCCGGGGCGAGGCGGGGGGGCGGCGGAGCGUGGAGGUGCGGACGCGAGGCCUGGACGGCGCGGCCAGGUGAUGCUGGGCCCCUGUGCUUCUCCAGAGGAAAGGGGACCCCUUCCCACCACCGGCACCACAGAACAGCCGUGCCCCCUGGCUGCCCCAGCCAGGCGUUUGGACCUCAGCCCUAGAGGGAGUCGGGCAGCUGUGAGUUUGCCUGCCUCCGUUAAGUGCCCUUAGGAUGCAGUGAUCAAGGCAUCAGGCUCUCCCUGCGGGAGGGGCUCUUCCUGUGCUGGUGAACUCGGUGCAGAGAAAAAGGACAGAAUGAUGCUCUCCGAGCAAGCCCAAAAGUGGUUUCCGACCCAUGUGCAGGUCACCGUGCUCCAAGCCAAAGAUCUUAAGCCAAAAGGCAAAAGUGGCACCAAUGACACAUACACUAUAAUUCAGCUGGGAAAGGAAAAGUACUCCACCUCUGUAGCUGAGAAAACCCUUGAGCCAGUCUGGAAGGAAGAGGCCUCUUUUGAGCUACCUGGGCUGCUAAUGCAGGGGAAUCCAGAGAAAUACAUCCUUUUCCUCAUAGUUAUGCACAGGUCCCUGGUGGGUCUGGAUAAGUUUUUAGGGCAGGUGGCCAUCAAUCUCAAUGACAUCUUUGAGGACAAACAAAGAAGGAAAACAGAGUGGUUUAGAUUAGAAUCCAAACAAGGAAAAAGAGCCAAAAACAGGGGUGAGAUAAAGGUCAAUAUUCAAUUUAUGAGGAACAAUAUGACAGCAAGUAUGUUUGACUUAUCAAUGAAGGACAAAACAAGAUCUCCUUUUGCAAAAUUAAAAGAUAAGAUGAAAGGUAGAAAAACUGAUGGGACGUUUUCUGAUACAUCUUCUGCAAUCAUUCCAAGUUCUCACAUGCCUGAUGCCCAUACUGAAUUUUCAAGUAGUGAAAUACAGAUGAAAUCUAAACCAAAAAAGCCUUUCCUUUUGGGUCCUCAGCGACUCUCUUCAGCACAUUCAAUGUCUGAUUUAACUGGGGCCCACGUAUGCUCGGAGAAGCUGAAGUCUGGCACCGUUGCUCAAACACAUCUUCUUGGCCGCCAGAUAGAUUCCUUUGGAGCAGUUCCGGAAAGUGGAAGUCUCAAAUCUCCACACAGAAGAACAUUAAGCUUUGAUACUUCUAAAAUGAACCAACCUGACAGCAGUGUGGAUGAAGGUGAAUCGGCUUUCGGAAGACAGAAUGACCCAUUUACAAAUGUGACUGCUUCAUUACCCCAAAAAUUUGCAACACUGCCAAGGAAGAAAAAUCCAUUUGAAGAAAGCAGUGAAUCAUGGGACAGCAGUGUGAAUUUAUUUUCAAAAUCAAUUGAAGUAAGAAAAGAAAACAAGAGAGAAAAAAGGGAGAAAGUCAGCCUCUUUGAAAGAGUGACUGGAAAAAAAGAUAGACGAUCUGAUAAACUUAACAACGGGGGAGCCGAUAGCCCUUGUGACUUGAAAUCACCUAAUGCGUUUAGUGAACAUCGGCAGGACUAUUUUGAUUAUGAGUCAACUAAUCCGUUUACAACAAAAUUCAGGGCUUCAAAUAUAAUGCCAUCUUCAAGUUUUCAUGUGAAUCCGACAAGUCAUGAGGACCUCAGGAAGAUUCCGGAGAGCAACCCCUUUGAUGCCACUGCAGGCUAUCGCAGUCUGACCUACGAGGAGGUACUGCAGGAGCUGGUGAAACACAAGGAGCUCCUGAGGAGGAAAGACUCGCACAUCCGGGAGCUGGAGGACUACAUCGACAACCUCCUGGUCAGGGUGAUGGAGGAGACGCCCAGUAUUCUCAGAGUGCCCUACGAGCCGUCCAGGAAAGCUGGCAAAUUCUCCAAUACUUAACAAGCCAGUGGUACUGCAUUUAUAAUCGGGGGCGGGGGCAGGAGGAGGGAAGGAGAAAAGAAGGAAGAAAGAGGACGAAAAAUAGAAAAGCUUGGUACUGAAAAAGAGACCACGCUAUCAGGUUUCAUUACGUACUCUCCUUCAUUGUGAAAAAUUAUUUCACCUGUAAAUAUUAGCAGGGACUAUCAAGAGUGACCUUUGAAGUGAGCUCAAUAAUUUAAACCUUUAAAGUGAAAAUGGGCCAGAUUCUCGUGAAUAAGCCGUUCCUUAGGAUUCACUUAGGUGCUGGUGCUGGCCCACUAAUCUCUCUUAGACCUAGAAGUAUCUUCAGAAGUACAUGACGUAUUCCUCAGGAACAGGUUUCUCGUAAAGCAAAAUUGAAACUGUGGUUGGUUUCUCAGAAGUCAAUUUAUAGACAUUUAGCUGCAGGAGUACUGAUCAUUAUAAACACUACUAAAAAAAAAGGUUUCAUAUUUUAUAUACAUUUAUGUGUACAUGAAUAUCUAGAUGUUCAUGUAUCUUUGUAUGUAAAAUACGUGCAUAUACCUCAUAUAUACGUGUGUUUUUAGAACAUUUAAAAACAACUGAUUGCCUCUAAAAUUAUAGGAUACCAAUUAGGGUUUCUUAAUCUGGAAAUAUAUGUGUGCUCUGUCGAUGCAAAACAAAUCAGCAUUGCUAUUAAUACUCUAAAUGGUUUGUUAUAGAGAAGCUGCUUCAAAUCACUCUUGACUAUAUGAACCUUGGUUUCAAAAUAAGCUGCUACUAUAUAUUAUUCUACCAUCAGAUCCUUUCUCUUUUUCCAAAAUAAUGACCCAAAGUCCCUUUUUAAAGAAUGAUGUAUUUUAGGAAACUUCAUUAACUUCACAACAGCAUGAGUUUUUUAAAUUAGUUUUUUGUCGUAAUAUCUGAGCUUUGUUUAAGCCUUAAGCAGAAGAUAAGCAAAUGUGAUUUGUUUUGUUGAGAUUUUGAAUGUCUUUAAAAUACUAUCAAAGAAAAUAUUAGGAAGUUAUAUCUGAAGAUAAUUUGGGGGGGAGUGGGUGAUCAUUCUGAUGCCUGAUAACCCAGAGCAAUGAGCAAAUUCUAGGAAUGAUGAAUUAGGCUUGGUUUCAAGUUACAUAAAUAAUGGAACAGAUGGUUGCAUUUGGGUUCUGAACCACAGUAAGAUUUACUAAAGGAGGGGUGAGUUCUUAGAACAGAUCUUUACUAGGAUGACAAUUUAUACUGUUCCACAUACUUAAAACCCUUUAAAAAUAAAUCAGUAUCACAAAACUGUAUGCUAACUUUUUUUAAAGUCUGCUCCCCCAGAAUGUUGACUGCUUUCAUGAAUUUUCUUUAUAUAUUUGUACAAAAUUAGUCUUUAAAGUGAAAACAGUGAUAUAAAAAUUUUACUAAUCAUCUGCUGCUCGUUUUUUAACUUUAAAAGUCUGAAAUACAUACUGUGUAAUACUGAAAUCUGUUUCUUCUAAAGGAAAUUUACAAUGAAAAGUUCACCUGUAUAAGGAGACAUGUAUUCCCCAAUCUUUUACCAAAUACAUUUUUGUCUAAUAUUUGUCUCUACUAAGACUUCAUUGAGAGUUAAAUAACAAAGCACAUGUAAUUGUUUUGCUCAGUUUUAAUAUUUUGAAUCAGAUAAUACUUGGCCAAGUUUAUAUUCAUAAGCUAAAAUUCCUUAUUAUUUUUAUUUUUCUGAAUUGCUUUAGUUUUCCUAUGAGAGCACAAAUUUUGAAAUUCUGAAAAAAAAUCCCAAAUGUUAAUACAAAAAAUAAUUUUUAAUAUGAGGAAAAAGAGAAGGAAAAAUAGCUCUUUCCAACUUUUUCCUUCACUUCUCAAUUUCUGUAGUAAACCUCACAGUCUGGUGUAAAAUUUUAUUCUCUCAUUUGAGGUCUUGGUACUUAUUUUUUAACAUGGUGCCAUUUUUAGUUAACAUUUGUUAAAUGUUGCACAAUUCUUAGUUUUUCUUUUCGUAUAAUCAAGGCUCUUCUUACACUUUUAAAAAGUAUUAGAAUCCAUGUGUUUUCAGUAUUAUGACAUUAUCUGCAGAUAUUUUAAUAUGCUUUGGCCAAAUUUACUUUCUAUAGAAUGACCCACGAUACCAAUGUUGUACUGGGGAUAUGUUUUAUGUAAACAAAGCUCAUGAAAAAGUAUGAUUCAGGGACUACUAUUUUUUUAAUGAGGAAAUUCAUUUUUAAGGAGAGAAUCUUGGCCUGUGUGAAAACUGUUAAGGAUUAGACUUAUCCUUGGUGAAUGAUUUGGCUAUAACUGCAUCAAUAUUUUUAUCUUUUAUUCUGAGACAAGAGCUGUAUUGAAAACUGAAUCUGCAUUUAUCACUGCCUGAAAUGUUCUUUUCUGAUGUUUAUGAACUUUCUUUCAUUCAUGACCUAGAGUCAGACUUACUCUGUAUUUUCAUAAUCAAUUCGUCAAUAUAAUGAACUAAAAACGAAAAGUAAAAAUGAGCUCCUGAGUACACAUGCCAGUGUUUCCUGUGUUUGUGAGUGGAAGUGCAAGUGGAGGAGUAUUAAUUUCUAGCAUUGUAGAAAAAAGGCCAAAAGAUCACAGUAGUUUAUUUUUCCAAACUGUAACUUUUAAGUAUUAAAAUGGUAUGUUUUUUUAGUAACUUAGACAUGGAAAUAAAACAUAUAUACUCAUUAAUGCACAGCACAAUAGACUUAUAGACAGAGAUUACUUCUGCUUUUAUGCUUAAAAAAGGCAUGCUCAAAAAUAUUUCCACAAAAAAGAGGAUUCUUUUUUUAAUUGCAGUGUUUGUGAUAGUCUCAAACCUGUCUUAAGCUAACACAGUUCUGUUAAUGUAAUUAAAAAUGCCUCUGCUAAUAUUUUUUAAAUAGUGUAGUUAUACAACCAGCUCCCCUCCAAAUUCUAAAAUUCAGCUACAAAGUAUUGAACAUACACUCCUACCACUUAGGCUUCAAGUUCAUUUAUUGAAUACCAGGGAGUAAAUCUUAGAAUUGUAUAUAAAAUAACAUGUCCCCCAUUCACAACUCUUUUAAGUAUUGCUUUUUGCUGCUGUAUUCUGCAUUGAGCCUAGUUCUGCCAUCCUCCCAUGAAUGUCGUAUUAUCCAUAGAUUAUACAUAACUAUGUCUGUUGCUUUUAACAGCAAAUGAAGAUUUUGUUGUAAUUUUCCAGCUGUGAAAAUGUUGCCCGGUAUUUAAAGGGGUUUCAUGAAUGGAAACCUAAAGUAAAACUCAGCUCGUUAGUGACAGACUUGCUUUCUUCUCAUCCUUCACCAACUCCUCCACCCUCGUAAGAGUGCUUAUUCUUCAGCAAAGAGAGCUCAAAAAAAAAAAAAGGAAAAAAUUGCUGCCUUUAAUGUAUCAAUUGUUACACUAGAGCUUUUAUUUUCUUCUGUAGCUUUUUAGAAAAAGCAGCCUACCCUGGAUUUGCAAAACAAGGUGAAACUUUCUGAUGUCUGUGUGCUCAUAUGUCUUAUAGAUACGGUUGGUGUCACUCGUGUGUGUAAGUGAAAUAGGAAGCAUGCUCAUUUCCUCGAUCUCUUUGAAGUAAAAGGAGAAGGAUCGCAGUGCUGCUGGCUCAUGAUUGUAGAUGGAAGGGUCUGUCAGCCCACACCGAAAGCCCCCAUUUUCACAGAUUUAUAACUUUAAUAAUCCAGAUGCACUCAUUGGAAGUAUUUAAUAUGCAAUAGGUAGCACCUUAACUAAUUAAUCUGCAUAUGAAGGGUUUUCUGAUGUAUUUAAUAAGAAGUGUAGAAGCUCUUCAAGCAUUAAACUAGAGUUGACAUUUUAUUUCAUUUAUUUUCCAUGUCAAAAAAUCCACUCUUAUAAUGGAACUGAAGUCUGUAACAAAUGAUACAUUGGGCUUAUAAUACUAACUCUUCUAGGUGGUUUGUAUUUUGAGGUACAAAAAAAUGCUGCAGAUCUAGAAAUGUAUAUAUUUAGCAGGUAUUUGAAAGAUACUAGCAUUAUUUAUAACUGAGGAGUAUUACAAUUACCAAGGAAAAUGCUCUAGUAACUUGUAUACAUUUUUGCAGGUACAAACUGAAAAGUAUGUAAACAUUACAUAAUGUGACAGUUGUGUAAUUUAUGUAAUCUGAUGCAUGAAUCAGAAUUUUUAUAUAAUAUAUGAUUAUUGGUUUAUUAUAGUUGAUUAAAAGUGUUUAAUCUUGA